AUGAAGCUUUCAGUUCUUACUCUUCUCUUCACUGUAGUGUUGGCAAAGGCAAACGGUGAUGCCGAUGCUGUCGAUCAAGGAGAUCGCCAUCUCUCAGUGAGAGCUAACCAGUGCACUAUUGGUGACGAUUGCUGCUUUAAUGGUAUUGAUGUGUGCAACCGCAAUGGAUUAAAUGGCAUCUUCGAAGUUGGCUCCCAAUCUUGCCAAGGGGAGCGGUCGUGCGUCAGCGGUGGGCGCGUAGCUGGUUCUGAGUUGAAAGUUGGAGCGGGAAGUUGCAUCGGACAAGGAUUGAAGGAGAGAGCUUGCGCCCUCGCUGGUUCGAAAGGAAAAGUUGAGAUCGGAGACGGAAGCUGCGUCGGCGAUCGCACCUGCAACCAGAUGGGCCGCGAUGGGACUGCCACGGUUGGCGACGGUUCUUGCCUGGGUUACCAAUCCUGCUUUCACGUUGCGAGAGAAGAUGGUGAAGUGCACAUUGGAGACAAUAGUUGCACCAAAAACAGAUCUUGCAGAGCUGUUGGCAAAACUGCUGUUGAGGGUCUCGAAAAUGGCAGCAUUACGAUUGGCAACGGUUCCUGUAAUUGUAUUGGAUGCUGUGGUUGCUUGAAGCCUGGUGACACAGUCGGAGAUGGCGUGUGCAAUUCGUUUGGUGACGGUGAAGACAACUGCUGCCUUGAAUCAGGAGACCGUAACCCCUUCGGACCGCUCAGCGACAAUAUCCUUUGCUUUGAUCAGCGAACCCAGUGCCGCAAGGCCACUGUCAGUGGUGAUCCACACAUCCGAACUUUCAGUGGAACAGCCUAUGACUGCAUGGGACAGGGUGAAUUCAUCUUGACCAAGUCGAUCAGCGAAACUGAUCCACUCGAAAUCCGUGGUCUCUUUGUGGACCCACAAUUCACUGGUCAAGCGAACCCCUGGGAAAAUGACAAAAGUCCCCAAACUGUUACACGUGGGGUUUCAUUCAUUGUGGAUGAAGACGUCCCCAGGGUCAAGAUUAUGACUGAUGAUAUCAACGUUGCAGAUCAGGCUUGUGGUUUGCACUUCUAUGUUGACGAUGCAGAGGUCUCAAGGGACCAAAUGCUCGAUGGAAGCCUGUUUGGUAACGAUGUCAAAGUGACAUCGGAGGGCCAGUACGACAUGAGAUUUAAGUUCCAUGACUACGAAGCCGACCUCACGGUACUAGUCAGCUCAGUGUCAAGAAAAUGGGGAUGUGUGAUCUCCUUUUCUUCAUGUUUGAAGGAGGAAUAUCACGGAGACGUCAUCGGUCUCUUUGGUACCAAUAAUGCUUACAAGGACGAUGACUGGACCACACCGGGAGGCGAACAAUUGGUAAUUCCAACCAAUCCAAAGAAAAGAGGAAGCCGUGGGGCAGCCACCGACUUCUGCUUGGGUCACUACUGCUUCCAAGGUGAUGUUGCCGAUUCAUUUUUCGGAGCAGACUACACCUACUACUCCAGAUGUGACAUUUCUCCUUACGAAGGCAGCUAUGAUGAAGAUGCGUUCGAACAAAUGCUUGCAACUAUCACUGCAGCUUGUGAUGAAGCAGAAUUAGAUAUCAACAUUCCAAGUAACGGUCUUUACGAUGCAGCCCUCGACUUGCAUCUUAGGGAUGCAGACUAUAACGAGUGCCCUGUCGAUGUGAUUGAAGAGGUAAUCAGAAACAAUGAAAUUGCCACCUUUAAUUGCGAAAGAACUCCUGAAAGAACUGAGAUCGGCACAGGCGGAGAUCCUCACUUCACUACCUGGAAGAACGAGCACUUCGAGUACCAUGGACAGUGCGAUCUCACAUUGGUCAGCGACGAAGACUUUGCUGGUGGCCUUGGUCUUGACAUUCAAAUCCGUACAAAGGUUGUUCGUUUCUGGUCCUACAUCAAGAACGUUGCUAUCAAAAUUGGCAAUGACAUCCUCGAGAUUGAAGGAUCAGCCGAUGCUGGUGAUGCCGAGGCUCACUACUGGAUCAACUAUGAGUACCAAGGAGACCUUGAUUCUGUCGCUGGAUACCCGGUGACCCAAGAGCUUCCAUCUGUUUACAAGCGCAAGUACAUCAUUGAUUUGAGCUCCAAGUACCCCGGAGCCUCCAUCUCCGUUAAAAUCUACAAAGAGUUCCUCCGUGUCCAGUUCAGUGGAGAUGAGUCUGCUUUUGGAAAUACCGUCGGUCUACUGGGAAACUUCAAAAAUGGAAAGACUUUGGCCCGUGAUGGAGUCACCGAGAUUCACGACUUCUCUGACCUUGGUGAUGAGUGGCAAGUCUUGCCCAGUGAGCCAAAACUCUUCCGCGAGGCUUCUUUCCCACAAUUUCCCGAGCGUUGCAUCAAGCCUGAAGACCCAAGAGGCGAUCGUGCUCGUCGCUUGGGCGAGUCCAACAUCACUAUGGAGGAAGCUGAAGCUGCCUGCUCUUCUUUGAACGACGAACUAUCCAUCAAGGAUUGUGUCUAUGAUAUCUUGGCUACUCAAGACUUGGGCAUGGUUGGGGCAUUCUAA